CGGACAACAGUUAUACACACAUAUUAACAAUUGUACGCGCGUAAAUUCAUCUCAGAUAUAAGUGUUAAUAUUAAAAAUAUACUGGAUUUAAGAUAACGAGAUCUUACUGGAUGUCAAGUCAUUUGCAAAGACCAUCAAAAUGUACACCUAUUUCAACAUAACUGGAUUGCGUGAAUGAAACAAAUCGGAAUCUGGUGGUGAGGCAAGUAGAACGAGGACUUGGAAUACAAGUGCGACUGACAUUGCUUUUGUUAUAUUAGUUCUUACGAGACAAAAAUAACUGACUAGCUAACAGAUCUAAUUGUCUAAAUAUCAGACACGAGCUAUUAUGCCCUUCAUGUAGAACAACAAACGCACAGAAUCGAUACAUGUAAUUAUCAAAUUUUAACCGAUGAAGUCAUUUUGCCAAACUUUUAAAUAAAGCGACAUAAUAAGGCUAACGGCGUUUACAGUCAUAAGUAGUGAAGCAAAAAGACAUGUGCAUGGAUUUGUCGAAAGAUGAAGAGACGCUUGUUAACCACACGGCUAUCAAUGACAGCAGCAACACCGAAGAGCUCAUUAGUACGGGCGAAAUGACGGUUACCGUCUUUAAAACGAUCCUUAUGUUCACAAUUAUGGCCGGAGCCGUGUUCGGAAACAUCCUCGUUGUUAUUGCAGUAAUGAAAUUUGAGCGCUUACGAGCCAUCACAAAUUACUUCAUCGUCUCUCUGGCGUUUGCGGACUUGCUUGUCGCCGUCCUUGUGAUGCCGUUUAAUGCCAGCAUCGAGAUAACUGGAAAAUGGCAAUUUGGAAGAUUGAUGUGCGAUGUAUACAACUCCAACGAUGUCUUAUUCAGCACAGCGUCUAUCUUGCAUCUAUGUUGCAUUAGUAUGGACCGCUAUAUAGCUAUAAUGCACCCAUUUAAAUAUGAGUCUGAAAUGACGAAAUUCCGAGUAUUUAUAAUGCUUGGAAUCACAUGGAUAUCAUCAAUUCUAAUUUCAUACAUCCCCAUUCAAUUGCAUUGGUAUACCACGCUAGACACGUUGCAGGAAAUGGAUCGGAAACCAAAUGAUUGCCAGUUCGCGGUAAAUAAAGUAUACGCCAUAGUGUCGUCAAGUAUCUCUUUCUGGAUUCCGUGUACAAUAAUGGUGUUUGUGUAUUUGAAGAUAUUUAUUGAGGCUCGUCGUCAGGAGACACAAAUUAAAAACUCAGGGUACCAAAUAAAGGCAACCUAUCGUUCAAGUGAAAUAGAUGCGUUACAGGACGACAUACCGGAGCAACGAAAUGAGCGAAAACGAAUGAGAAGGGAGCACAAAGCUGCAAAAACGCUGGGAGUUAUCAUGGGCGCCUUUGUGUUUUGUUUUCUCCCAUUUUUCUCUUGGUAUCUGAUUACUACACUUUGUGGUGAUAAAUGUCCUUUUCCCGUGUUUCUUGUGCCAACUCUUUUUUGGCUAGGAUAUUUCAAUUCUUGCCUUAACCCUAUCAUUUACGCCUAUUUUAACAGGGAUUUCAGAAGUGCGUUCAAAAAACUUUUGAACUGUAAGCAUCUACUGGGAAAUCAAAGCGAUCCGUCUUUUCUUGCAGCUGGACAGUUUGAAAGCCGCGAACAAAUCGUCCAAAUGAAAUUAGAAACUCAAUAUUCAAAGGGUCGGAAAACAUGUUUGUAAGAUAAACUUUAAAUAGCACUUAUUAUAUGUACACAUGGAAAUAGUGUUUUCUUAAGCGCGAAUUCUAUCGAAUUCUAUGUGUGAAAAUCACUAUACAUGUGAUGCAUCUUUUAAAUGAAUGAUAACUUAUUUAGCUUUUAUCUAUCACAUUUGUAUUAAGCUUUCUUUGCUUAAACACUCGUUUAUGUGUGUGUCUGUGUUUACUUCAAUGUGAAAUUCGUUCAAAAGAAAGCAUAUACUCCUCAUAUUGAUUUGUAUGUAUGUGAUACUAAUAUUAAGUGAUCCACCACUAUCACAUACAUUUUAUUUAUCUUUUUAUUCAUGCAAUGUAACGGCUGACUUCGUGGUACACACUGAAAUAUAAGACAUAAUACAAUAACACAACUGCUUAUCCGAUUCAUAUAAAGGUGUUGUGUACGAUAUGCAAAGUUAAUAUGAUAAUUAUGAUAUAAGGAUUGGAGGUGUUUGGCCGAUGAAUAGAUUAUUUGGAAUGUGUACUAUAAAAUAUAGUACAUAUACUAAACACCUGUCCAUGCAAAGGUCAAACUGAUAGCAAAACAAUGCAUUUAUUUAUCGGUAUCAUAUAACUUCGAUUUCAUUCAUGACCAUUAAGGUAAGGAUGUCGGAUUUAUUGAUAAAAAGUAUAGAACUGAGUGGAGGACAUUUCUAUCAAUACUAUAGGGAGUGUUCCAUGCUUACUAGUACAGCUGUUACAUAUCGUUUAAUCACUAUUUCGUUUUCUUUAAGUGGUGUAUGUUGUAUCAUAACAUAUUUGUUAUUGUUUCGUUGUUUGUACAAGAAGUUGAAGUUUACAACGUUUAUUGUUAGAUCGUGUUUGGGCAUUGUUUAACAGAUGUUUGAGUAACAGUUCAGAACUGUUUGCAAAACAUUAUGUCAUGCAAAAAAGUUUUAGAUAAACAUCACUUGAUUUCCUGCUUUGUCUGUAGAAAAACCAGCAGCGUCUCCUGUAUAAUAUAUACAUGGUUUCAUUACGAUAAUGACGAUUUUAAUGUAUUACAAUAAAAUUGAAUUCUUUA